UCUUCAUUUCUUCCUCUCGCUUCUCCUCUCUCCAAACUCUCCACUGAAAUGUUCUCUCCUUGGAAUCCCCAUUCCUAGGAAAAUUUCUCUUGCAUCCUUAUCUCUGCCGCUGACAAAAUACAGAUCUGAAAUUCACGAUCCGAUCCAAAGCUUCUCGUUGGAUGAUGACUCCGGCCCCACUUCCAGAUCUCUCUCCGUCGUUUAAAGAUCCGAGUAGGAUAGCGCCGAGAAGGCAAUAAAAUUCUUCUGAUCUCCGGCAAUACCUAGCUGGAAUUGAGAAAAGAGAAUACAGAGAAACGAUGGAGUGGACCACGGUCCAGCAUCUCGAUCUCCACCAUGUCGGCCGUGGUCUCAAACCCUUGCAGCCCCACACUGCCGCAUUUCAUCCCAGCCAGGCGAUCAUCGCUGCUGCCAUCGGGACCUACAUCAUUGAAUUUGAUGCUUUGACUGGAAGCAAGAUUACUUCAAUUGACAUUGGUGCCCCAGCUGUGCGUAUGGCAUACAGCCCUACCAGUGGGCAUGCUGUGAUUGCUGUUCUUGAGGAUUGCACAAUCCGGUCCUGUGAUUUCGACACGGAGCAGACGUCUGUGUUACAUUCACCUGAAAAGAGGACAGAACAAAUCUCUUCGGAUACAGAAGUCCAUCUCGCACUGACUCCACUCCAACCUGUUGUGUUCUUUGGUUUUCAUAGACGGAUGAGUGUGACAGUUGUUGGAACUGUUGAAGGGGGCCGGGCACCAACGAAGAUAAAGACGGAUCUUAAAAAACCUAUUGUCAACCUUGCAUGCCAUCCACGUCUACCUGUCCUGUAUGUAGCUUAUGCUGAUGGUCUAAUUCGAGCUUACAACAUUCAGACGUACGCUGUUCAUUAUACAUUACAACUUGAUAAUACCAUUAAGCUCAUUGGUGCUGGUGCCUUUUCUUUUCAUCCAACCUUGGAGUGGAUUUUUGUUGGUGAUAGACGGGGUACACUUUUGGCAUGGGAUGUGUCAACAGAGAGACCAAAUAUGAUAGGAAUUACACAGGCAGGUUCCCAUUCAAUAAUAAGUAUUGCUUGGAUCUCCAUGCUGCGGGUUCUUGUCACUCUUUCUAAGGAUGGGACUCUCCAAGUGUGGAAAACACGCGUAUCUGUUAAUCCAAAUAGGCAGCCUAUGCAAGCAACCUUUUUUGAGCCUGCUGCAAUUGAAUCUAUUGAUGUCACCCGAAUAUUAACUCUACAGGAUGGGGAGGCUGUUUAUCCCCUACCCAGAAUUAAAUCUUUAGUCGUUCACCCAAAGCUAAAUCUAGCGGCAUUGCUGUUUGCAAAUAUAGCAAGUGGAGAUGUGAAAAAUAGGACUGCAUUCACUAGGGAAGGAAGGAAGCAACUUUUUGCAGUUCUACAAAGUGCAAGGGGAUCCACAGCCACAGUUUUGAAGGAAAAACUUUCAUCUCUUGGUUCAUCCGGAAUUUUAGCUGAUCACCAGCUCCAAGCACAGCUACAGGAGCAUCACUUGAAGGGAAAUUUCUUUUGUGCCAGACAAAGUCAGCUUACCAUAUCAGAUAUUGCCCGGAAGGCCUUUCUGCACAGUCAUUUCAUGGAAGGGCACGCCAAAGGUGGUCCAAUCUCUAGGUUGCCUCUCAUCACUAUCUCGAAUACUAACCAUCAUUUGAGGGAUGUUCCUGUUUGCCAGCCAUUUCAUUUGGAGCUGAAUUUUUUCAAUAAAGAGAACCGAGUUCUUCAUUAUCCUGUCAGGGCAUUUUAUAUCGAUGGCGUCAACCUUAUGGCAUAUAAUAUCUGCUCUGGAGUGGAUAAUUUAUACAAGAAGCUUUUUUCCAAUAUUGCUGGAAAUGUUGAAUGCUGUCCUAGGAGCAUACUUUACAGUUCAAAGCAACACCUGUUUCUCAUUGUUUUUGAGUUCAAUGGUUCUGCAAAUGAAGUUGUAGUUUACCAAGAACUGACUGAUUUCCAGUCAGCCAAUAAUAAAGGAAACACAAUAAAAGGUCGAGAUGCAGCAUUUAUUGGCCCUAACGAAAACCAGUAUGUAAUUCUGGAGGAUGACAAGACUAGCCUGGCUUUGUAUAUUCUGCCGGGGGUGGCUGUUAAAGGAGCUGCUGAAAAUAAUGGAGCACUUGAUCCAAACUCAUUUGCUGAAGCUAAUGUUGGGACUGAACGGGGCCCUCUGCAGUUUGCUUUCGAAUCUGAAGUUGAUCGCAUAUUUUCUGCACCACUAGAAUCAACUGUCAUGUAUGCUUGUCAUGGGAACCAUAUUGGGUUGGCUAAGCUGGUUCAGGGAUACCGCAUUUCAACUGAUGAUGGUCAAUAUAUAUCAACCAAAACAGAAGGGAAAAAGUCAAUCAAAUUGAAAGUCAAUGAAGUUGUACUCCAGGUUCACUGGCAAGAAACUCUAAGAGGUCAAGUUGCGGGAAUAUUGACCAGUCACAGGGUAUUGAUUGUUUCCGCAGAUCUAGAGAUCUUGUCAAGCAGUUCUACCAAAUUUGACAAAGGAGUCCCUUCAUUUAGAUCCCUUUUAUGGGUUGGGCCUGCACUUCUCUUUUCUAGUGCAACUGCAGUUAGUCUGCUUGGAUGGGAUAGCAAAGUUCGGACUAUCCUUUCAAUUAGCAUGCCCUAUUCUGUGUUGGUUGGUGCCUUGAAUGAUCGGUUAUUGCUCGUGAACCCUACUGAUAUAAAUCCAAGGCAAAAGAAAGGAGUCGAGAUUCGGAGCUGUCUUGUAGGACUUCUUGAGCCCCUGCUUAUUGGAUUUGCUACCAUGCAACAAAAUUUUGAGCAGAAGAUUGACCUGUCAGAGAUCCUGUACCAAAUAACAUCCAGGUUUGAUAGCUUACGCAUUACGCCAAGGUCUCUUGAUAUUCUUGCUAGAGGUUCACCUGUUUGUGGGUAUCUAGCCUUAUCAUUAUCCCAAGCAGGUUCGCAGUUCACUCAGGUAUCGCGGUGCAUCUAUGCAAUCAAAGCCCUCCGCUUUUCUACAGCUUUGUCAGUUUUGAAGGAUGAGUUCCUGCGUUCAAGAGAUUAUCCACAAUGCCCUCCCACAUCUCAUCUGUUCCAUCGCUUCCGCCAAUUGGGAUAUGCCUGUAUCAAGUAUGGUCAAUUUGAUAGUGCAAAAGAAACUUUUGAGGUUAUUGCAGACUUUGAAAGUAUGCUUGAUUUGUUUAUUUGCCACCUCAAUCCAAGUGCCAUGCGGCGUCUUGCUCAGAAGCUAGAAGACACCGGUACUGAUUCAGAGCUAAGACGAUACUGUGAGAGGAUUUUAAGAGUUCGCUCUACUGGAUGGACACAAGGCAUUUUUGCUAACUUUGCUGCGGAAAGUAUGGUUCCUAAAGGGCCAGAAUGGGGUGGUGGGAACUGGGACAUCAAGACGCCCACUGAAUCAAAGGCUAUUCCUCAGUGGGAACUAGCUGGAGAGGUGAUGCCAUACAUGAAGACAAGUGAUGGCACCAUUCCAUCCAUUAUUACAGACCAUAUCGGUGUUUACCUUGGUGCGAUUAAAGGAAGGGGCAAUGUAAUAGAGGUAACAGAAGGUAGUUUGGUUAAAGCGAUUACAGCCCCUGGCAGUGGAAACCAGCCAAAUGGCUUGCAAACAUCUUUGAUUAAAUCACAACCCAACAAAGCCAAUGGAAUGGCUGAUGGCGCUUCAAAAGGUAACCCUACGGUUGGGAUGGAAACCUUAGCCAGGCAAUUAGCGGGUGCUGCUGCUGGAGAUGAGCAGGCAAAAGCUGAAGAAGAAUUUAAGAAAUCCCUUUACGGUGUUGCUGAUGGUAGCAGCAGUGAGGAGGAUGAAGGAACGGUAAAGACCAAGAAGAUCCAAAUAAGAAUCCGUGAUAAGCCAGUUGCAGCUCCUACGGUGGAUGUAAAUAAAAUCAAGGAAGCCACAAAACAAUUUAAACUUGGUGAGGGGCUGGGCCUGCCUAUGAGGACCAAAUCAUUAUCAGGGGGAUCUCAAGAUCUUGCACUUAUGUUAUCACAACCUUCUCCUACGACUGCUGCUGUUCCUCCAAUGACCAGCACUGCUCCUCCUCCUGCUGCUGCUGCAUUUGGAAACGAUCUUACACUGCUUACACCAACGCCAGCAACGCAGCCUACGUCAGCGGCACAGCCAGCCUCAAUGAUUAUGGGUGUAGGAAUUUCAGCUGGGCCCAUCCCAGAGGACUUUUUCCAGAAUACGAUAUCAUCUAUGCAGGUUGCUGCCUCUUUACCUGCUCCAGGAGCAUACAUAUCAAGGUUGGAUCAGAAUCCUCAAGGAGGCAAUAGCAAUACACCUUCUACCCAGGUUAAUGUGGUGACUGAUAUUGGUCUUCCCGAUGGCGGUGUUCCACCCCAGUCAUCCCCACCAUCUGUGUCCCUCCAGUCAAUUGGACUGCCUGAUGGUGGCGUCCCGCCGCAACCACAAGUUCGGGCAGCUCAGAUUCCAAUUCCCUCACAGCCUGUUGAUCUCAGUGCCCUUGGAGUUCCAGGGCUCAACACAGGUGCAGAUGCUGCAAAAUCAGCUCAUCCUGCAUCCCCACCAGCAGCUGUUCGCCCUGGCCAAGUUCCCCGUGGGGCUGCUGCUGCAGUAUGCUUUAAAACGGGACUUGCUCACAUAGAGCAGAAUCAACUUCCAGAUGCAUUGUCUUGUUUGGAUGAAGCUUUCCUAGCUUUGGCUAAGGAUCAUUCGCGUGGAGCUGACAUAAGAGCUCAAGCCACCAUCUGCGCUCAGUACAAGAUUGCAGUUGCCCUUCUUCAGGAAAUAGGGCGUCUGCAGAAGGUUCAAGGGCCUAGUGCAAUCAGUGCAAAAGACGAAAUGGCAAGGCUAUCACGCCAUCUUGGUUCUCUGCCGCUUCAAGCAAAGCACCGCAUAAAUUGCAUAAGAACCGCCAUAAAACGGAACAUGGAGGUUCAAAACUACACAUACGCAAAACAGAUGCUUGAUCUCCUCCUCUCUAAAGCACCUGUAAACAAGCAGGAUGAACUGAGGAGCUUGAUCGACAUGUGCCUUCAGCGAGGGUUGUCCAACAAGUCUAUUGACCCGCUAGAAGAUCCUUCUCAGUUCUGUGCUGCUACUCUUAGCCGUCUGUCAACCAUCGGACACGAUGUUUGUGAUCUCUGUGGUGCCAAAUUUUCUGCACUGUCGACACCUGGAUGUAUCAUCUGUGGGAUGGGAAGCAUUAAAAGAUCGGAUGCACUUGCUGGGCCAGUUCCAUCACCGUUUGGGUGAGAUCUUUGUCACAGAUGUAAGGAGAGAGUCAUCAUGUUUUCAUAUAUAUAUAUAUAUAUAUAUAUAUAUAUAUAUAUAGUCCAAUUCUUUUGUUGGGGGUGUUUUGCUGCAGAACCGAAGACAAAACUCAAUUACUCAGUGUGACCCAUUAAUCUAGACCUGGCGAAAAACAGCAGUUUUGGACCUUUGGUCUAAAUGUUGUAAAAUAUAUUGUUUUGUCGUACCUAUGAUCUCUUUUGCCA